ACAAAAAUGACACUGAAAAGUGAUUGAUGUAAUAAAAAACAAAAAGUAAAGCUUGUAAAAACUGAGCUGAAGAAGCUGUGCUUAGCCUAGAGGAAAAUCCCAAACAUUCUCUGAAUUCGGAUAGAUCAAAAGUUGUGUAAUCCCUCAUUUUGUACUGGGAAAGAGGUGUGUUGCAGUCAAGAUGUUGACAGUAAGAAUACCCGUGAAGACUCGAAGCAAUUUUCUUUCGGCAUUAUUGCAUCAUUGUUAGACCUUUUUUGAUUUUUUUCAGGGCUGUUGCUUGAAGAACCAGUGAGCCGCAGGAUUUAUGGAAGCAGUUUGCUGAGAGCAGUGAAUGAUCAUGGAGGGCAGUCCUGCCAUAGUGCUAAUGCUUCUGCUGAGCUUCUCUCCUGUUCAGGCUUCAGCUAUCAUCCUUCCUACAUCCAAGACCUCACCCCAACCCUUACGGCUGAGCCGCUGUGUGUUUGUGGAUCGCAGCAAUGUCACUUGCUUCUGGGACCCCGGAGACGUGCCUGCAAAAACCUACACUCUGAAGGUUAAGAGGACAAACGAUUGUUCGUCUGUGCCAGCAACAGACAACCCUAUAACCACGUUCACCUGCACCACCUCCAGCACCAACUGCACCACCGGAAUUCACUCCUCAACGGUAUCGCUGAACUACUCCAUCCGUGUCAUAGCCCACAUGGAAGGCCAGAACGUUUCAUCAAAACCUCGGUGCCAGCUCGGUAGAAUAGAAGUGCGCUUGCCUGCGGUACCGUUAACAAGUAUACAACCAAUCCCAGAAUCACCGGAAUGCCUGACUAUAGGCUGGGAACGCAUACUCAGUCAAUUUCAUGUGUCCCGGAGCGAAAUCAAAAAAGGGGAUCUGAAUUCCCAAUUAGAGUUCACCGCAAAGGGAGAGCAGGCCGUUCAGGUCAGAGAUGUAAAUGUGAGAGACACUAAGAGCCGAUUUUGCCUCUUUAGACCGGACACCUCAUACACCAUACGGCUCCGACACAGAUAUUUAGGCCCCGAAAGCCCAUGGAGCUCCUGGAGCAAUCCACUUGAUGGGAGAACAGCACCAGAUGCUCCUUCCACAGAACUUGUUUUCUGGAGGCAAGUAAAGGACACUGAUGGGAAUGGACUGAGACUGGUUGAUCUGCUCUGGGAGCCCCUGCCUGCCUUCGUUCUUUUCUACAAUGUGACUUGUCAGUCAGAGGGUAUGCAGAACUUGAGCGAUUAUGGGAGCUGCAAAGACCUAAACCCUCCCAAAACAUCCUGCAGCUUGUAUCUUCCUGUCGGACGUUGCUCCUGCUCUCUCACAGCCACCAACUCUGCAGGGACAUCUCCAGAAGCUCGAAUCUGGCUCUUCGACUCCUCUGAAACAGAGCUUCCUCCCCCAAACCAGAUCUCUGUAAGGUCCCUGAGUGACAUCAGCUUAGAGGUUCACUGGGUGUCCCCUCUUAAUCACAGAGUGAGUGGUUUUGUCGUGGAAUGGUUUGCUGUCAGAGAGGGAAUGGGAAGCCUCCCCUGGAAGAAGCUGAACAAUUCUGUUGCAAAACAUGUCAUCACAGGGUUAAAACCGUUGGAGCGUUAUGCUGUUUCUGUCAAAAUUCUUUAUGGAGAGCAAGUCGGGGAAAACAAAACGCAGUACGUUUACACGAGAGAAGGAACGCCCUCAGCAGGUCCCAGUAUCAAAGUACAGCGUAUCUCUGGCAGCUCGGUGGGACUCAGCUGGACUCCGGUUCCUGUGGAGGAGCUUCAUGGUUUCCUUAGCAACUAUAUCAUUUUCUACUCAACCAGAAAUGAAUUAGCAAAGAGUGUUGUGAUUCCUCACCAUGUUCAACACUACAGUUUGGAGAAUUUGUCGCCCGGUAAUUACGACAUCUUCAUGCAGGCCAACACUCUGGCCGGUCCUGGACCAGCUGGGAACAAAGUGAAUGUGUACAUUGACUCUGAAGAAUUAGCCUUAGUCAUGAUGAUGGUUGUUCCACUGCUGGUGAUUUCACUGGGGCUGAUUCUGAUUGCAGCCUUGGUACCAAGAAACAUAAUGAAAGAGAAGCUGCACAUUCCUGAUCCAUCCAACAGCAGCCUGUCAAGCUAUGCUCCUAAAACUAAUCUAGAGGGUAUAAAGCCUCUCAUGGUUCAAGAGAAACAUGAAAGCUUCAUAUUCUCUGAUGUGAUUUUGGUUGACGUGCAGCAGAACCUUGAGAAGAACCCCGACUAUCAAAAUCUGUGCAAUCUCCAAACUUACCGCUACAACCCAUGCCCUUCAUUAUCUCCUUUAAGAGAUUCUGAGGAGUUCUCCCGGAAGGCAACCUCAUCUCAGACUGGUUCAGACCCAAUCCCCUCCUUCCUCCCCUGCAUUUAUUCCAGCAUCGUCAUCUCUCAACCCUCCGAUCCUUUUUCCACAUCCAUUCUACAUCCCUCAAGUUUCCAGUUCUCUUCCUCCAAACCUCCCCCUGGUUCGGUUGAUUACUUCAAACUACCAUCAGAUGGCGCCAUUGAAUCGUCCAACUUGAAUUCUUCUCUGUCAAUCCAAGACAGAAACUUUAGUCUUUUUGUGGAGCAGCGCCAACACUCAAUGUCUUUUUGGGACUUUUGUGAGAAAUGCCACCUAUCUGUCUAUCCAAAUUCCUCCACAGAAGUCAGUGGGUACAAUCUGAUGAUUCCUCCCCAGUCCAGCAAAAGCCACUCAUCCACCUCUGAAGGUUUUAUGCCAUCACCUUCACCUCUUUUCCCACUUGUUUUUGAGGAUCUAACUUGCUGUACUGUACAGUAUGAUCCUUAUGUCCCUUUUGAAGCUUAAAUUUUCAUAAGUAUGUCCAUGUUGUCAAAGAUUUAAGGUUUCUUUGGGAAAUAAUACUUAACAUAAAGUAAAUGGUCACACAUUUCAGCUGCACCAAAGCUUUGCAUUUAAAGCUGUUCUUCUUAAAAAGCUAAAGAACUAAAAAAAAAAACAGAAUGGUUUGCUGUAACGACCCUUAAAGGGAGCAGUCAAAACACAAAGACGAAUUUACCAGGAUGACAACUCAUGAGAGAAGAAAACGUUUUUGUAUCCCAUUAAAAGCUGAGUUUACACUAUAAGGACAAGACUUAUUAACAAUAUUUAAGUUCAUAUUUCCCUUAAAGAAUAAUGACAAGCACAUUGUUAAGUGAAAGAGAAAAAAAAUGUAUUUGUACUUCUUUGUGGCACAAUCAUGCUGUGGAUGGUGUGUGUAUGACCCACAAACAGGUUCUGAAAUGUGUUCAUAAACUGAGAAGAUAUUUUGGAGAUGUCUGUGCGUGAAACAUUACGUUAGAAACUUGAAUGUGUAACUGCUAAGGACACUUCAGGAAAUAUCUAUGCAGUGAAUGAGAAUUAGUUCAAAUGUUUUGGCCCUUAGUUGAUUUGAGCAAUCUGCUAAAAGAAAGCCAAAUAAUCAACUUUAAACAUUGAAACCAAGGGAAUAUAAUUAAAUUGCAAUGAAAAUCCUGGGUGACAUUAGGGAUUAAAUAAUUACUUUAUUUAAUUGUUUGGUGGGUGUAUUUUGCAACAUAUCUGGAUUUUGCUUCAGAGAUCUAGUGUGUUUCCUGUGUGUACAAAUGCCAAAUUUGUGUGGGAAAAUCAGGUUUUUGUCAGCCAGGGCCCACAGCAGGACAUGAUGGAACUUGAACUUAUCCAAUAAAACAAUGGGUUACUAAUUCUCAUGCUUGCACCUUCACCUCACCGCCCUUACUGAAAUCAUUUCUGUGCUAGUUUAACCAUGAAGAUUUACUGCUAACUUAAUUGGGGGGGACUAACGGAAAAAUGUCUCAUCCCAUUUUUGUUUGUGUCUGAGCUGUUUAAAGUUUUUAUUCAGGGUUAUGUUGUUGCAAUGUUGUAUCCAUAGCUGAGAUUGCUAUGGAUUCCUGGGUAAAUUUCCUUUUUAUGACAGAGUUGAUGGUUAUACUGAUUGACUCUCCUAUUGAUUUAUUUUUGGUGGUUUGGGGUUUGUUUAUUUUAUUUUGAGUUUUUUCUGUGAAUGUAAAACAGUUGAUUUGAAUUAUUAGCUUAUUUUACAAUGAAUAAAAGAUUCUGGUGAAUGUGUGCAGUGUGGGGGCUGGCUGUUUUUUCC